AUGGCCUUUGAUCUGGCACGAAUCAAACCCGUCGUCGUGGACUCGGUGGCUCUCCUUCGGUCUGUUAUAGGCGAGGUGAUGACUCUCCGAACUGAUACCCCAUCACUACUCAUCGACCUGGAAGGCUAUCAGCUUGGUCGUCAUGGUUCAAUAUUCGUCAUGACCAUUUACGCGCCCCCAAAGGAAAAAGUAUAUCUCAUUGAUAUACACCGACUGGGAGCUGACGCAUUUUCUACUGUCAAUGCUGAUGAAUCGUCGGUCAUCUUGAAACUUUUCUUCGACGUUCGACAUGACUCGGAUGCAUUAUUCAGCCAUUAUAGUAUCGCCAUUGACGGUGCUCGAGACGUCCAGUUGAUGGAAUUGGGAACAAGAACGGGCCCGAAAGAGUUUCUCGCCAGCUUAGCAGCAUGUGUCGAGAAAGACAGCACGAUUUCUGCAAAGGAGAAAAAGACGUGGGAGAUGACAAAACUCAAUACUUGA